AUGGGAGAGAGCAACAAUGUCACCGAAUUUGUCCUCCUGGGUCUCACUCAGGAUCCUGAUGGGCAAAAAGCAUUACUGGUGAUGUUUUUGCUCAUAUACACUGUGACGAUGGUGGGCAACCUCCUCAUCGUGGUGACUAUCCUCAGGACCCCCUCCUUGGGCUCCCCAAUGUACUUCUUCCUGGCCUUUCUGUCACUCAUGGACGCUGCUUAUUCCUCAGCCAUUUCACCAAAAUUGAUUGUAGACAUACUCUGUGACAAAAAGACUAUUUCCUUUCCAGCCUGCAUGGUCCAGCUCUUUAUAGAACACUUGUUUGGUGGAGCUGAGGUCUUCCUUCUCGUGAUGAUGGCCUAUGAUCGCUAUGUGGCCAUCUGUAAGCCUCUGCACUAUUUGACCAUCAUGAAUUGGCGAGUUUGCAUCCUUCUGUUGGUGGUGGCCUGGGUUGGAGGUUUUGUGCACUCUGGGGUUCAAAUUAUCUUCGUGUACAGCCUCCCCUUCUGUGGGCCCAAUGUCAUCAACCACUUUGCCUGUGACAUGUACCCAUUACUGGAACUUGCGUGCACAGACACCUACUUUCUAGGUCUCACUGUGGUUGCCAAUGGUGGAGCAAUCUGCAUGGUGGUCUUUAUCCUUCUCCUCAUCUCCUAUGGAGUCAUCCUAAGCUCCCUUAAGACUUAUAGUCAUGAAGUGAGGCGUAAGGCCCUGUCUACCUGCAGCUCCCACAUCACUGUGGUUGUCCUCUUUUUUGUUCCCUGUAUGUUCAUGUAUGUUAGACCUGUGUCCACCUUUCCUAUUGAUAAAUUCAUGGCCUUAUUUUAUACAGUUAUCACUCCCAUGUUGAAUCCUUUAAUAUAUACCUUGAGAAAUUCAGAGAUAAAAAAUGCUAUGGAAAAACUCUGGCGUAAAAAGUUAACUAUAGAUGGAAUAAGAAUGUCUUCCGCAUUGAACAUGUUUAUUAACAAUUCAAAGGCAAUAGACUAA